AGCCACUGCUGUGGCUCAAGCGGUUGCAGAUACCGACCGGCGGCGUAUUCGCGGGCACCUCCAUUGCGGGGUCCCGGCGGGACAAUGCAGCGCCUCGCGCGUGGCCUGCUCGGCCUCGCGACGCUCGCGGGCCGCACCGAGGCCGCCCGGCUGGACCGCCACGGCUCUGGGGCCACCCCGAUCGGCAAGGUGCUCGAGCUGUUGGCGAAGCUCGACUCGCAGCUGGUGAAGGACGGCGAGGAGGCGGACAAAGCCCACGCCGAGUACCAGGACUGGUGCAAGUUUGGCAAGAAGGACGACCUCGAGUACCAGAAGAAGACGUCCACCAGCGAGAUUGAUGAACUCACCGCCACGAUCGAGAAGUCCAAGUCCGACGUCGUGUCGGAGACCACCAGGAGAAGACGGGAUCGAGGAGCUCGCCUCCGCCAUCGCGCAGGGCGAGGCCGACCUCAAGGCCGCCACCACCAUCCGCGCCAACGAGAGCGCGGAGUUCGUGGCUGCAGAGACGGAGAGCUGGUCGACGUCAUCGAUACCCUGGACAGGGCCAUCAACAUGCUGGAGCGGAAGCUGAGGGACCACCUCCGCGCUCGUGCAGCGCACCAUCGACACCCGCAACACCGCGUCGCUGAUCAGGGCCCUACAGGCUGUCAUCGAGGCUGCCGCGCUGCCACAGCGCGACGGGCAGAAGCUGAUGGCCCUGGCGCAGAGCCGUGCCGACGACGGGGACCGGACGGCAGCGACGAGGACCCGAUGGGCGCGCCCGCCGCAAAGGCUUACGAGUCUCACAGCUCCAACAUCGUCGAGGUGCUCGAGGACAUGCGGGCGAAGGCGGAGGCACAGCUCGACGAGGUGCGCAAGCAGGAGACCGGCGCCCACCACAGCUACGAGCUCACCGCUCAGUCGCUGAGGGACCAGGCGGCGGCAGACACGAAGGAACCGAGCUCGGCCAGGCCAAGUCCGCGAAGGCCCUGGCGUCGGAGACCGGCGCCACCGCCAAGGGCGACUUGCAGGUUGCCGAAAAGACCCUGGACACCACCGAGAAGGAGCUCGAGGAGAUGACCAAGGGCUGCGCGACGGCCGAGGCGGACUACGAGGCGUCCACGAAGAGCCGCGCGGAGGAGCUCGCGGCGGUGAGGAAGGCGAGGGAGAUCAUCGCCGAGAGCACGAAGGCCGCCGAGUACACCGCCUACGGGCUCGUGCAGGUGCGCCAGGAGC